UUUUGCAUAUCCUCAAUUAAUGUAAUUUCUGACAGGUGGAGUGGAGUGGUGGCUCCAAAACAAUGGACGAAGCUCUUGCAAGGAUAAAUCAGAGAGAAGAAGCAGCAUUGCGGCGUGAGCGAGCCAUGGCAUAUGCCUUUUCUCAUCAAUGGAGAGCCAACUCCAAUCCGAACUUUGGAUCAGGUAGCCAUGACGUAGGCAAAGCAAAUUGGGACUGGAGCUGGAUUGAUCGAUGGAUUGCAGCUCAACCUUGGGAAAGCCGAGUUGUCCCAUCGCAGUCAACUCCAAAGAAACCAAAUGGUCGCCAGUCAAGCAAGACUAAUAGAAACAAGAAUUCUCCAACAAUCAAAACACCAGUUUCAGUCAAAUCAAUUUCUCCUAAUGGGAAGACUGCCAAUAAAGCCCGAAAAUUGUCAUAUGGAGCAUCUGAGAAGAUGAUGGCUGCUAAAAAAGUGAACAAAUCUGAAGAGGUGAAAACUAAGAGAGAAAAAGAAGUAUCUCAGUAGAUAGUCACUAUCGUUCAUUACAUUUUCAAGGUGAUUGUCAAAUGCAAUUCGGUCAUGCAGCAAAGAAGAGGUGGGGAAUACUAUGCUUUGAUCUUGAGUUCCUGCUUGUUUAUUCCCACGGGCGAUGCAACUGUGCAUUUUUCAUCAACAGCAAAACUAAAAAGAAAAAAAAAA